AUGAAGAGGGUGACGGAGGCGCUGAAGAAGGCCUCCGAGAGCGACGUCCCACGUUUUACCUCUGGGUCAUUUAUCAUAGGAACGGAGUCACCAGCCGAAGCGGAGCCGCAGUCACCAGCCGUAGCGGAACUGGAGUCACCAGCCGAAGCGGAACCAGGGUCACAAGCCGCAGCGGAACCAGAGUCACCAAACGCAGCGGAACCGGAGUCACCAGCUGCAGCGGAACCAGAUUCACCAGCCGAAGCAGAACCGAAAUCACCAGCCGCAGCGGAACUGGAAUCACCAACCACAGUGGAACCGGAAUCACCAGCCGUAGCGAAACAGCAGUCCAGCCAAAAUCAAAUCACGAGGAGCGUUAAAAUACCCAAAAAAUUUCACGGCACAUUCAUUGGUCACAAGGGCGCCCAUAUUAAACAAAUAGGCCAAAAAUACGGAGUGUUGCUGAAACUCAACACCUAUAAAAAUAAUAUCAGUAUCACCAGUACAGACAUAUAG